CAGCCUUCUUCUGCUUUCCUCCCAUCUUCUGUUCCUCCAAACAAACAACCAAAACUUCCCACCAACCAACUCUCACCAUGUCUUCUGCCGUCGAGUCUCACCAGGGCGUCUACGUCCGCGACAACUUCUCCGAGCCCAUGUCGGCCCAGCACAACUUCGCCAACCAGUACGACCUGGAGAACCCUCACGAGUCCAUGUCGCUCUACAACCGCGUCAUGCAUGAGCACACCAAGAGCCAGCUCGAGCGCUUCACCAGCUCUGCCAGUCGCCGGCGCUCCAACGGUGGCUCCUCCAACUUCUCCGACUCGAGCCGCGGCUCGGUCAGCUCCGACUAAAGGCCUUUUUUAAAUCGCCACUUGUCUCCUUUUUUACUUUUUCCUCCCACCACUGCGUCCGAAUGUCCGGCACAGUCGGCGCGUAAUCUACUCGAUCGCCAUUUCUCCGCAUCUCUUGCAGCGAUGCAGUUACCCCUGCUACGGAGAACGAUGAGCGCCUGGCGUUAAAUUCCUAUCACGACUAUGAUUUCCGGCACCGGGUCGCCACACAGGCGCAACUACUACGAAGCGAAGCGUUCAUCACUUAGCAUCUUUUGGUGUUUAUGGUUUCUCUUUCAUUGGCGAGAUUUUCCUUUUUAGUUAUGGGUAGCGCAGCGUUAAAGCAUCUUGGGUUCUCUGUCUGCGAGAAAGAUACACGUACUGGUGGUUACUAGAUCAUCAACGACGACACGAUUCAAUCGAACUCUUUCAACACCAAC